AUGAGAAACGCGGGGGAAAUCCCUAUCCAGAUGGUCUUCGAUGUCAACAUUAAAUUUUUUCACAGGAAUACCUCAGAGGCUUAUAGGGAGGAUGUGGCGCAGGUUUUAGUAGUUUCUCAGGCUCCUAAUUUUAGCAAGUAUUUGGGACUGCCUGCUUUUGUGGGGAGGAACACGAGGGCGACCUUCUCCUAUAUUGAGGACAAGAUAAGACAAAGAAUUGGCUCUUGGAACAAAAAGCUUCUGUCUCAGGCAGGUAAGGAAGUUCUAUUAAAGAGUGUGGCUCAAGCCAUGCCUACUUUUACUAUGAGUGUUUUCUUGCUGCCUGAUUCAGUGUGUACAGCCAUUGAGAGAGUUAUGAAUCGUUAUUGGUGGAGGACGGGUAAUGAGAGAGGAAUUCAUUGGAAGACAUGGGACAUAUUAUGUGCCCUUAAAAAGUUUGGAGAUUUGGAUUUUAAGGAUCUUCUUGCCUUUAGUUUAGCCAAGCUUGGUAAACAGGUGUGGAGGUUCCUGACAAAGCCAGACUCUUUGGUGGGAAUGAUGGCUAAAGUGUAUAAAGCCAGUGGUGUUAGGCGACGUAUUGGGAAUGGUGAGGAUACUUUGAUUCGGGGACAUCCUUGGCUUCCUGAUGACUCUGACCCAAAGUAA